AUGCCCGGUGUCAUCCAACCAACCGGCUCCGGCCGCUUGCUGCUCAUCUCCAACCGUCUGCCCAUCACCAUCAAGCGCGCCGAUGACGGCCAAUACACCUUCUCCAUGUCCUCUGGCGGUCUCGUCACUGGCUUGAGCGGCCUGGCUAAGAGUACAAAGUUCCAAUGGUAUGGAUGGCCAGGCUUGGAAGUUCCCGAGGCCGAAACCGCCGGCAUGAAGCAGCGCCUGAAGGAGGAAUACGACGCCAUUCCCGUAUUCAUCGACGACGAGCUGGCUGAUCGUCAUUACAACGGCUUUGCGAACUCCAUCCUCUGGCCGCUGUUCCACUACCACCCCGGUGAGAUCACGUUCGACGAGUCCGCCUGGGCUGCUUACCGUGAGGUCAACCGCUUGUUCGCAAAGGAAGUUGCCAAGGAUGUACAGGACGGAGAUAUGGUCUGGGUCCACGACUAUCACAUGAUGCUGCUUCCCCAAAUGCUGCGCGAGGAGAUCGGCGACACCAAGAAGAACGUCAAGAUUGGCUUCUUCCUUCACACCCCCUUCCCCAGCAGUGAGAUCUACCGCAUCCUGCCCGUCCGGGAAGCGCUUCUGUUGGGUAUCCUCGACUGCGACCUGAUUGGCUUCCACACCUACGACUACGCCAGGCACUUCUUGAGCAGCUGUUCCAGAAUUCUCCAAACACCGACCACCCCUAACGGCGUCGAUUAUAAUGGCAAAUUUGUCACUGUUGGUGCCUUCCCCAUUGGUAUCGAUCCCGAAAAGUUUGUCGAGGGCCUCAAGAAGCAGAAUGUCCAGCAACGUAUUGCCGCGCUCACACGCAAGUUCGAGGGCGUCAAGCUGAUUGUUGGUGUCGACCGUCUCGAUUACAUCAAGGGAGUGCCGCAAAAGCUGCACGCCCUCGAGGUCUUCCUUACUGAGCAUCCCGAGUGGAUUGGCAAAAUUGUGCUAGUGCAGGUUGCCGUACCAAGUCGACAGGACGUUGAGGAAUAUCAGAACCUGCGCGCCGUUGUUAAUGAGCUUGUCGGUCGCAUUAACGGCAAAUUCGGCACGGUCGAGUUCAUGCCCAUCCACUUCCUACACCAGUCCGUCUCUUUCGAUGAGCUCACAGCCCUCUAUGCUGUCAGCGACGUCUGCUUGGUCAGCUCCACCCGUGACGGAAUGAACCUCGUCUCGUACGAGUACAUUGCCACGCAGCGUGAACGUCAUGGUGUCAUGAUCCUUUCCGAGUUCACUGGCGCAGCCCAAAGCUUGAACGGAAGUCUGAUUGUCAACCCUUGGAACACGGAGGAGCUCGCGAAUGCGAUCCACGACGCCGUUACCAUGAGUCCCGAGCAGCGCGAGGCCAACUAUCGCAAGCUUGAACGCUAUGUCUUCAAGUACACCAGCGCCUGGUGGGGCCAGAGCUUCGUUGCCGAGCUGACAAGGAUAAGCGCAGAGGCUGAAAAGAACGCCGAUGCGCAAAAAGAGCAGCAUCCCAUCCGCGAGGGUAUUGCCAACGCAGCCAAUAAGGCUAUUGAGGGUGUAACGGAUGCCCUGAAGUCCACCAACCUUACUGGCAAUCAAGAAUCGUGA